AUGUUUAUUAAUCUUCGCGCUAAAGACAAAAAUGGAUUUUCGGACCCUUAUGUUAAAAUGUACUUGUUGCCUGGACCACGAAAGGCCACUAAGCUUAUCACAAAAACAAUUCCACGAACGCUAAAUCCAGAAUGGAACGAAAGUUUUAUAUACUAUGGUAUCAGCGAGGAAGAUCGCCAAAAUAAAACGCUCAGGAUGUUGGUCAUGGACAGAGACUCAAUUGGAUCAGAUUUUCUUGGCGAAUGUCGAGUGCCUUUAAAAAAACUGUGUUCUGGAAUUGAAAAGAAUUUUAACCUAUACCUGGAUCAUGCAAUGCCUGUAGAAAAAGUGGCAAGAACUAGCGAAAGGGGUAAAAUUUUAAUUGGUCUAACGUAUAACGCACAACAAGAUUUACUGUAUGUUUCGAUAAGGAAAUGUGUAGAGCUUAUCGGACUGGAUCCGUCUGGUUUUUCAGAUCCUUACGUAAAAGUUACCAUCACUCCAAUGACAGCCCGUACCCAACGUCAAAAAACAGCCACCAAGAAGAAAACGUUGAAUCCAGAAUUCAAUGAGACAUUCGCCUUCUCAAUUCCGUUAUCUGAAUUACCGACAAAAACACUGAAAGUUGAAGUUUUUGAUUAUGAUGUCGCCAAGCAUGAUGAUUAUAUCGGAGGUGUCGUGUUCUCGGCGUCAGCGAAGGGCGAAAGUCAACGUCAGUGGCUUUACUGUAUGCAAAAUCCUGGCAGUUUGACUGAAGUCUGGCAUAAACUUGUCCUUACCGAUUGA